AUGUCUAUCGUCUCGCUUCUGGGUGUUCAAAUCUUGAACAAUCCCGCCAAGUUCACAGACAAGUACGAGUUUGAGAUCACUUUCGAGUGCUUGGAGUCACUUGAGAAGGAUCUCGAGUGGAAGCUCACCUACGUUGGCUCGGCUACCAGCGACCAGUAUGAUCAGGAGCUAGACAGCCUCCUGGUUGGGCCUAUCCCCGUCGGCACGAACAAGUUCGUUUUUGAGGCCGAUGCCCCCAACACAUCCAGAAUUCCCGACGCCGACAUUCUGGGCGUCACUGUGAUCCUCCUCACCUGCGCCUACGACGGUCGCGAGUUCGUACGUGUCGGCUACUAUGUCAACAAUGAGUACGACUCGGAGGAGCUCAACGCCGAGCCUCCCUCGAAGCCCAUCAUCGAGCGCGUGCGUCGCAACAUUCUUGCUGAGAAGCCCCGUGUGACCCGAUUCGCCAUCAAGUGGGACAACGAGGCCUCUGCCCCCGCCGAGUUCCCGCCUGAGCAGCCCGAGGCUGAUCUCGCCGCUGAUGAGGACGAUUACGGCGCUGAUGAACGUGAAGAGGAAGAGGCCGAGGCUGCUCUCGAGGGUGCUGCCAGCGGCGAGAAGGCCGCUGGCGAAGAUUCUGAGAUGGCCGGCGUUGAAAAUGGCGAGCCCGCCCAGGCCGAUGAGGAUGAGCUGUCAGAUGACGGCAGUGUUGACAUCGAGGGCGAGAGUGAGGACGAGCUGGAGGAGGAGGAGGGCGAGGGCCAAGCUGCCGACGACGAUGCCAUGGAUGUUGAUAUGACGGACAAGCCUGCUGCUGCUGCCGCCAAGCCUGCCGAGGUUGCGACCCGAUAG